CGGUAGCCAGAGACGGUUGCUGCAGCAGCAGGUGGGGAAGAGGGCUCCUUCAGCAUCCUUUUCAGAAGAUGACUAUGAUUGGCAGGCCAGUGGACAACUUGUUCUUGGAAGAGAUGUUCCUAGCAUCCUCCCAAGAAUCUGAGCUUCAUAGAGAAGCCAUGCAGCAAGUCUUGGACAACCUGAGUGACCUGCCCAACUCCAUGGGAGCAGGAGAUCUGGACCUCAUCUUUCUCCGUGGCCUCAUGGAGAGUCCAAUAGUAAGAUCAUUGGCUAAGGCUCAUGAGCGUUUGGAGGAAACAAAGCUGGAAGCUGUGAGGGACAAUAAUUUGGAGCUGGUCCAGGAGAUCCUCAAAGACAUCUCCCGCAUUGCUCAGCAAGACAGCACAGCGGCCGAAUUGGCUCGCAUCCUGCAGGAGCCCCACUUCCAGUCCCUCCUGGAGACUCAUGAUUCUGUUGCCUCCAAAAGCUAUGAGACUCCACCACCCAGUCCUGUGCUGGACCCCCUGUUCAACAACCAGCCGGUACCACCAGAUGCUGUGCGCAUGGUGGGGAUUCGGAAGACGGCUGGGGAACACCUGGGGGUGACAUUCCGGGUGGAACGAGGUGAGUUGGUCAUUGCCCGUAUCCUGCAUGGUGGCAUGAUUGACCAACAGGGGCUGCUGCACGUGGGUGAUAUCAUCAAGGAGGUGAAUGGGCAGGAGGUGGGCAGUGACCCACGGGCACUCCAGGAGGUGCUGAAGAAUGCCAGUGGAAGCGUUGUACUCAAGAUCCUGCCAAGUUAUCAGGAGCCACAUCCACCCCGCCAGGUCUUUGUGAAAGCCCACUUUGACUAUGACCCAGCCACUGAUAAUCUCAUCCCAUGCAAAGAGGCUGGACUGAAGUUCAUCGCUGGAGACCUUCUUCAGAUCGUCAACCAGGAUGACCCCAACUGGUGGCAGGCCUGCCAUGUGGAGGGCGGGAGUGCAGGGCUCAUCCCCAGCCAGCUGCUGGAGGAGAAGCGAAAAGCUUUUGUGAAGCGCGAUCUUGAAGUCAUGCCAUCAUCAGGUGCCUUGUGCGGAAGCCUCAGUGGGAAGAAGAAGAAGAGGAUGAUGUAUCUGACCACAAAAAAUGCAGAGUUUGACCGCCAUGAACUCUUGAUCUAUGAAGAGGUGGCCCGCAUGCCUCCUUUCCGCAGGAAAACUUUGGUGCUCAUUGGUGCCCAAGGGGUCGGCCGACGCAGUCUUAAGAACAAGCUGAUCAUGUCUGACCCAUCGCAGUAUGGAACCACCAUCCCAUACACUUCCCGAAGGCCCAAGGAGCACGAACAGACGGGGCAGGUGUAUUGCUUCGUGACUAGGAACGAAAUGGAGGUGGACAUCAAAGGAGGUCGCUACCUGGAACAUGGCGAGUAUGAGGGGAACCUCUAUGGGACCAAGAUUGACUCCAUCCAUGAAGUCAUCGAGUCAGGCAAGAUGUGCAUUCUGGAUGUCAACCCACAAGCUGUGAAGGUUUUGAGGACUGCCGAAUUCGUCCCCUAUGUGGUGUUCAUUGAAGCGCCAGAUUUUGAGACGCUACGGGCCAUCAACAAAGCGGCUUUGGAGAGUGGCGUGGCUACCAAGCAACUGACGGAUGCUGACCUAAAGCGGACAGUGGAUGAGAGCUGCCGGAUCCAGCGGGGCUACGGGCAUUACUUCGACCUCUGCUUAGUCAACGACAACAUGGAACGGACAUUCCAGCAGCUGCAGCAGGCCUUGGAGAAGCUGCACAGCGAGCCGCAGUGGGUUCCUGUCAGCUGGGUGUACUAGAGGGGAGUUCCUGCUUCCCUCCUUCCUGUCCUCCCAGCCUUGGGAGGCCAUGACUUUCCCCAUCUCCCCACAUGGCCAAGGAACCCGGACUUCUCCCCUGCCCCCUAGCAAGUCUCCUACUUGGCCACCUGUUCCUUUUUCGACACGGGCUCAUAGAGGUCCAGCCAAUCCCACCGGAGCAGAGUUGGCUUUAUUAGUUUUCUUUUUCAAGGAUGGUGCUUCCUCAGUCCAUUCCAGAAAACCUCCAGCUCACCAAGAACCAUUUUCUAUGACUGCCACAGAUAGGUGGAUGUUCUCUGUUUACCUCCACCCUCCUAUCACAAACGACAGGAAGUCUUUUCAUGAAGCUUCGAGCGAGCAGGGCUACCAAAUACCCACAAUGCCUUGCGACGUCUCCUUGGGCUGAUUUUGGUUCUUGACUGGUCCGAAGUCAGACAGGAGAGUGGGAAAGACAGCAUCUCUCUGGCCACAGCUAACUCACUGCCAAAAAACCUCUGCUUUCUAGAUGGACCCGCUCUUUGAGAUUGCCAAAAGAACUGCCGAGUGGUGUUUCUUUUUCCCACUUUAAAAAAAAAUGAAAGAAAAAA